AUGGCAGCUCGUAGUGCUGUAGUUUCUCUUCUUCAAACUCUUGAGCAACUUCAGCAGACAAUCCCAGAACAUUUAGGAGCUGAAAUUACUAAAAUGCUCGAUGCUCUUCGUGCUACUGCUGAAUGUUUUCAAAACGUUGUUGAAGAAGCUAGAAAGAGAAGGUUUGACCCUGAAAAAAUCAAAUCUUUGGAGGAAAAAAUUAGAGUUGCUGCUAAUGAUGCAGAACAUGUUGUCCAGCAGACGGCUAGAAUCAUCGAAGGCUUAAGCCGGACAUUUGAAGAUCUACCUGAGGAUUUGCUACCAGUUGUUGAAAAAAUGGAUACAACAAAGAAAGAAGAGAAGGAGAUUCUUUCUGGUUUUAGCACAAGUACUCAUGAUGAAAUUCUUGAAUUAUCUGGGGAUUCCUUAAUUGGCACUUCUUCUACAAGUAUGCUGCCAAAUUCGGAAAAUGAUAUUGUGCAGGGACUUGAUGAUGACUUGGAGAUCAUAGCUAGAAGAUUGACAGGAACACCGUCGGAUCAAGACAUUGUCACAAUGACAGGCAUGGGUGGCAUUGGCAAAACAACACUCGCUAGAAAAGCUUAUAAUCAUCUUCCAGUCAGGUAUCAUUUUGACCUUCGUAUUUGGGUUACAAUAUCUCAAGAAUUUCAACUUAGGAAUGUGUUGUUAGAAGCUUUAUAUUGCAUUUCAUAUUGCAUUUCAAAGCACACAAAUACUGUCAAUAGAGAUGAUUAUGAUAAGAAGGAUGAUAAUGAUUUAGCCGACCUGCUGCGAAGGAAACUAAUGAGUCGAAGAUACCUUGUUGGUGUUGAUGAUAUUUGGAGUAUGGAUGUUUGGGAUAGUAUAAGUGGUAUAUUUCAAGAUCGCAAGAAGGGGAGUCGAAUCUUGUUGACUGCUAGGGAAACUGAGGUAGCGAUGUAUGUAAAUACUAGUAGCCCUCAUGAGAUGAACCUGUUGAAUUUAGAAAACGGUUGGAAGUUACUUCAUGAUAAGGUUGGACCAAAACAUGAUCAUUCUCCUGAGUUGGAAGAAAUUGGAAAGAAAAUAGUAGAAAAAUGCCAAGGACUACCCUUAACAAUUUCAGUGAUUGGGGGACAUCUUUCUAAAACGGCCAGGACAUUAGAAUGUUGGAAGGAUGUUGCCCAAACCUUAAGUGAAAUCGUUGCUAGUCAUCCAGAUAAAUGAUUAGGAGUGCUCAGUUUGAGUUACCACCAUUUGCCUAUUCACCUCAAACCUUGCUUUCUUUCUAUGGCUUGUUUCCCAGAGGAUUUUCAGGUUGAGACGAGGAGAUUGAUCCAUUUAUGGAUCGCGGAAGGUUUUGUAAGGACGUCUGGAAGUGGUAAAAGCUUGGAGGAAGUGGCAGUAGAUUAUUUGGAGGAUCUUAUCAGUAGGAACUUGAUAAUGGUGAGAAAAAGGAGAUUCAAUAGUGAGAUAACAUGUGCAAUGCAUGAUCUUCUGCGUAAAUUCUGUUUGAUAGAAGCCGAAAAUAUAAAGUUUAUACAUGUUGAGAGAACUGACCAAGUCCUUCCUCUUCCAACACAAAAGCAUAAUGUUCGUCGCUUCAGUUUCCAAACCCGAUUUUGUGUAGACGAACAUUGUUGCAAGCCAUUACCUCUUUUUACCAGAUCUAUCUACAUAUUUUCUCCAUCAAAAUAUGUAUGUUUCUCCCGUUUAAAUCUUCUCAGGGUAUUGGCCUUCCCCACUACUCAUCUAGACUUAUCUCCAUAUCCAUUGGACAUUACACAUUUAUCUCAUUUGAGAUAUCUUGAAGUUUUACGGUGGACUAGUCUUCCUGCAUCAAUCUCAGAGCUUCAGAAUUUGCAAACUCUUAUUCAGCAGGAUCCGUACCGAAAUGAAUAUGCGACUUUACCAGGGACGAUUUGGUUGAUGAAGAACUUGAGGCAUGUAAAUCUAGGGGGAUCCAGUUAUUUACCUAGUCCUAGAAGUGAAAGUAUUCAAAAUAAGCAACUUGAGAUAGGGAUGCCAAAUCUAGAGGAACUUUCUGGUGUCUGUUCCAGAAGUUGUGCAAAUGAAGUAUUUUCUGACAUUCCCAAUCUAAAGAGAUUGAUUAUCCAUGUAAAUUAUCUCAAAGUAGAGUUUUUGGCCAAUCGCCUCAUUGAUAUGUCCAGCUUGACAAAACUCGAAGCAUUGAAGUGUUUCUGUGGUAAUCUACGUGCAAAGAAUUGGCCACUCUCCAUGAAAAGGUUUGUUUUCCCAACAUCACUUACGAGGUUGACUUUAACUGGUUUUGAGUUUACUUGGGAAGACAUAUCAACUCUUGUCAUGUUGCCAAAUCUUGAAGAGCUCAAACUUAAACAUUAUUCAGUCGUUGACGAAGAAUGGAGAUUGAGUGAUGAAGACAAGUUCAAAAGCCUGAAGUUGUUGUUAUUUAGCUCGCUAGACAUUCAGCGCUGGGAAGCUAGCAGUGAUAGCUUCCCAAAUCUAAAAUGCCUCGUUCUGAAGUAUUGCCGCUUCGUGGAAGCAAUUCCAGCUGAUUUCAUGGACAUUUGUACUUUGGAGUCAAUUGAGUUACAUGAUUGCAGCACUACGGCUGGGGAUUCUGCAAGAAAGAUUAAAGAAGAACAAGAUCAGAUGGGAAAUAAUUUCCUUAACAUCUACGUCCAUGACCAAUUCUUGAUUUCUCCAAAAUUGAUGGCGGCUUAUACUGCUGUAAUUUCUCUUCUUCAAACUCUUGAGCAACUUCAGAAGACAAGCCCAAAGCUCAUUCAAGGUCAAACUGCUGAAACGCUCGAUUCUCUUUGUGCUACUGCUGAAUAUUUUCAUAGUGUUCUUGAAGAAGCUAGCGACAAGGGUAGGUUUGACCCUGAAAAAAUCAAAUCUUUGGAGGAAAAAAUAAGAGUUGCUGCUAGUUAUACAGAAGAUGUUGAGCUCAAGAUUUCUCAAAUCAUCAAAGACAUGAGCUGGACAUUUGGAAUUUUACAACAUGAGGAUUUGAGUACGGUUGUUGAAAAAAUGGAUACAACAAAGAAACAAGUGAUGGAGAUUGUUUCUAAUUUUAACACCAGAACUCAUGAUGCUGAUGAUGAUCAACUUCUUGAAUCUGCUGGGGAUUCCUUAACUGGCGCCACUUCAUCUAGAAGUAAUUCAAUGCUGCCAAAUUUGAAAGACGAAAUCGUGCUGGGACUUGAUGAACACUUGGAGAAAAUAGUUGAAAGACUGAGAGGCCCACAGUCGGAUCUAGACAUUGUCACAAUAACAGGCAUGGGCGGCAUAGGCAAAACAACACUCGCUACGAAAGCUCAUGAUCAUCUUGCAAUCAGGUAUCAUUUUGACAUUCGUGUUUGGGUUACAAUAUCUCAAGAAUAUCAAAGUAGAAAUUUGUUCUUAGAUGCUUUACAUUGCAUUUCAAAGCAAACAAAUUUUGUGAACGUAAAAGAUUAUGAUAAAAAGGAUGACGAGUUAGCUGACCUAGUGAGGAGAAACCUGAUGGGUCGAAGAUACCUUGCUGUUGUUGAUGAUAUUUGGAGUAUGGAUGUUUGGGAUGAAAUAGCACCCAUAUUUCCUGAUUGCAACAAUAGGAGUCGUAUUUUACUGACUACUAGGGACGCUGGGGUAGCAAUGUAUGGGGAUUCUACUAGCCCUCCUCAUGAGAUGAACCUCCUAAAUUCAGAAAAUAGUUGGAAGUUACUUCGUGAUAAGGUGUUUGGACCAACACAUGAUCAUCCUCCUGAGUUGGAAAGAACUGGAAAGAAAAUAGCCGAAAAAUGCCAAGGACUACCCUUAAUGAUUUCAGUGAUUGCAGGACAUCUCUCUAAAAUGGCCAGGACAUUACAAAGUUGGAAGGAUGUCGCCCAAACCUUAGCUGAAAUCCUUGCCAGUCAUCCAGAUAAAUGCUUAGGGGUGCUCGGUUUGAGUUACCAUCACUUGCCUAAUCACCUCACCUGUUUUCUUUCUAUGGGUAGUUUUCCAGAGGAUUUUCAGGUUGAGACUUGGAGAUUGAUCCAAUUAUGGAUCGCAGAAGGUUUCAUAAGGACAUUUGGAAGUGGUAAAAGUUUGGAGGAAGUGGCAGUAGAUUAUUUGAAGGAUCUUAUCAACAGGGGCUUGAUAACCGCUGGAAAACGGAGAUUCAAUGGUGAUAUAAAAACAUGUGCAAUGCAUGAUCUACUGCGUGAAUUCUGUUUGAUAGAGGCUGAAAUGACAAAUUAUGUCCUUGUUGAGAGAACUGACCAAGUCCCUAGUACUCUUUCAUUAACACAAAAGCACGAUGUUCGUCGCUUCAGUUUUCAAACCCAAUAUUAUUCAGUUGAUGAAUGUUGUAAGCUAUUACCCCCUGUUGCCAGAUCUAUCUACUCAUUUAAGCGACCUUCUACAACCCAUUACAGCUUUCUCGGGAAAUUGAUUGGCUGUCACCCUGUACCACUUGAAGUUUUAUCCCGUUUCAACCUUCUCAAGGUAUUGGCCAUCUUCCAUGAAGAGCUUCCUUCAUUUCCACUUGUGAUUACAAAGUUAUUUCAUUUGAGAUAUCUCGAAAUUGUAUUUGACGGUGAUCUUCCAGCAUCAAUAUCAGAGCUUCAAAAUUUGCAAACUCUAAUUUAUAAAGAACGUUUUAUAGAUAAAACUUUACCAGGAAAUAUAUGGAUAAUGGAAAACUUAAGGUGCAUACAUCUGGGAAGAGCUAGUUGUUUACCCAGUCCUAGAAGAGAAAGUAUUCAAACUAAGCAUCUGGUUAUAGGGAUGCCAAAUCUAGAGGAACUUUUCGGUCUCUGUUUCACCAGUUGCACCAAUGAAGUCUUUUCUAACAUUCCCAAUCUAAAAAGAUUGAUCGCCCACCUAACAGCUUCAUCAAGAACAGAGCGUAAGGCCAAUCUCAACAUUGAUAUGUCCAGCUUGACAAAACUCGAAGUAUUAAAGUGUGUCAGGUAUACUUCUUGGUCUUGGCCAAGGAUCUCCAUCAAGAGGCUUGUUUUCCCAACAUCUCUUAAGAGGUUGACUUUAGCUGGCAAGUAUUAUUUUCCUUGGGAAGACAUUUCAAGUCUUGUCAAGUUGCCAAAUCUUGAAGAGCUCAAACUCAAAAAGUUUGCAGUCAGUGGUGAAGUAUGGAGAUUGAGUGAUGAAGACAAGUUCGGAAGCUUGAAGUUGUUGUUGUUUAGCGAGCUAUAUCUUGAGCGUUGGGAAGCUAGCAGUGAUAGCUUCCCAAAUUUAAAGCGUCUUGUUCUGAAGAAAUGCGACUGCCUGCGAGAAAUUCCAACAGAUUUUGGGGAAAUUUGUAGUUUGGAGUCAAUUGAGUUACAUGAAUGCAGCAGUGCUGCUGAGAAUUCUGCAAGAAAGAUUGAACAAGAACAAGAGGACAUGGGAAAUAAUUUCCUCAAGAUCUAUAUCAAGAGCAGUCCCAGUUAUUGAAGCUUAUUUUGAGGGACAAUAUAUCGAUCUACCAUCAUCUUCCAAAUGCAGAACGUCUUUAGUUUAUAUUUUGAAAAGUAAAAGUCUUUCUUUUGUGUUCUUAUCAGGU